UUACGUUUUAACUGUACUAUGAUAAUCGAGCGGUAUCUAAAUUCGAAGCAAAAUGUCUACCACAAAGCGACACACACGAGCCGCGGCCAAGUCUGUUCCAAAGCAUCCGCAAAAUGAAAAUUCCGGCCACAUCAAUCCCAUACAGACGAAACUACGCAACAUUACCAACACGCUCAGGAUGUCAACCGGCGAGGAAUCGCCUGCGAAAAAGAAGAGAAAAUCCGACCCAAAUCCACCGCAGGAAUGUGCCCACCCGUCCCAGCCGGAACUGGUUGCUUUCGAAAGGUUGCGGUUCGUACUGGGCCGACACUAUUUCGAUGUUUGUCAACGUUUGGCGCUUGACUAUGUGCCCCACUGCGUGAGGAAUAUUGCCGAGUGUGCACAGCGGCACGUUUGCAAGCGCAGCCCGCGUACCAAAUGUGUCAGCUUGAUGCGGCAGGCAAACACCCUCGACCAAAUCCGAGAGUUGCAGCCGGAUCAGUUCGUAGGAUUUCUGAACCAAGCCAUAAUGCGCCAGGAAUUCAUUGGCUCGGAGUUGUUCGUAGCCGGUACACAGCUAAUGCUAACGAUUAAUCGUCCCUCGGAAGAGCUGCAGGUCGAGUACGGCACCGUGGACAUAGUGGUGGGAAUGGGUGAAGUAUUGGAAAAGUGCCUAAAAUACUUUCCACCCUGCCGAUGGGAUUUACGGUCCGCCUAUCAUCGCGUCGUGUUUGGCCAGCUAGAUGCCGCGUGUUUUGGACAGUGCGAUCAACGUGAAGGUUUGCUUCGUAAUGUGCUCCAUCUAAUCGAACAUAACAUCGAAACGGACCGUGAACUGGUGCACCAUUCUGGGCUAAGGAAACGAACAAUCAAACGUGUCCAAAUGAUCGAAGACGAUGAGAUGCAUUCGUACAACUACAACACCUGGAUGCAGACGAACAGAUUGUGCUACGAUUUCAAUAAGCUAUCGCGCGUGGAACAGUUUGAACGAUUGUUUGCGGUGCUGCAAAUAUUGGUCAAACUGCUGGAGAUGGAUUUUGCCAUGUGGAUUCUUCGCAAUCCAACCAAAACACAUCAAAACCUAUGCAAUCCGUCGCGGAGCCCUCUGGUGGCUCAGCUGGUCUGGAACGGUGAUCACGGCAGUGUGAAUCUCUUCAUCAAAAAGCUUUUCAAAAUGUUUAUUAAUAUGAAUGUGCUGCAAUACCCGCGAGAUGACAUCACCGUUGUUUCGCGCCUGUUGAACAUUGUCACGGUGGCAGUGAAUCUCAGCGAGUUCCAACACAACGAGGGGCAGAUAGAGUACCCGAGUGUGAAGGAUAACAGCGUUCAUUACGCAAGACAGCUAUGGAAAACACUAGAAUCGUCCGGAUACUUUACCAUACCUUUAUGUCUCAGUACGAUCCAUAGCCUACGAUCGCCAUUCCUACAGCUUCACCUUGCGGAGCAUUUGCUGCAGAAGUUCAAUCGUAGCCUGAAAUUUCGCAAUGUGCGCAGUUUCUUUCAGCAGCUACUCAACCGAGGAUGGUUAGAUUGUGCGCCGAAUGAAGCUCCUGGCGGCUCCGGCCAAUCAGCUUCUGCUUAUCCAGUGCUUAACACCCAGCGUACCCGCAUGAAAACAUGUGAAAUCUUUCAGAAACAAUACGUUGACCUGCUGUUGAUCGGUCUACGGGCAUACUGUGAUAUGCAUCAGCUACCUGCCUACUUCCGUGAGAUUAUGGUGCAACCAGCACCCGAAACGUCUUCUACCAUCGAUGCAACACUACGGGAGGCUCAAGCCAAUUCGCAUGUUUGUCCACCAGGAGCGCGCAUUGUACCGCAAAUCAUUCCCGAUGACCGGAUGAUUUUCCAAGGCGUUGCCAUGAGUGCAGAGCUGCUGUUGGAGUAUCGGGACGAUGUAAAGUACCUGCUGCUAAUCGAACAGCAACUAAAAAAGAUCGCAUCACCGGAUGAAAAAGCACUCUUUCACCAAUGGAUAAUGUUCCUGACGGAAGUAGACCCGUCGCUGACGAUAAUCUAACGUGAUAACAACUAUUGUUGUGAUUAGCUUUGGGGAGUUCGUUUUUUAUUAGGACAUAAUUAAUUUAUGAGUGCUUUACGGUAAUAAUGAAGUAAUGUUAAAUAUUUGUCAAAGAUUCAUACCAAUAAAACGCCAACUUAUGCGGGC